GAAAGAUAUCCUCCUGGUCUAUAGCAAAGUAGGAUGGAGGCUGUUUCAAGAGAUGAACUCGAUGCAGAAAUUCAUGCAUUAACGGACGACACAGAGAAGCUUACGUCCCGACACGUGCAGAAUGAUUCAUUUCGGUAUCGCCGACGCUUCUUGCUGUCGUUUCUUAUACAUGAAGCACUAAUAUCUGUCUUCACGCGCUGGCUCUUUUCCUCCCCCACUUCGCCCGCUUUUCUCCUCCCACCAUGGUCGAUUGGACUUCUCCCGAGGAGCUCGCAAAGGAGACGAACGUGUAUGGCAAUAUCAUAUUUGCCUUCUUUGGUCUCUACGUCUGGGAGCUUUUUCAGACCUUCGGCUUUGAGUGGUCCUUAAUAUGCAGGACGCGUAGAUUCACUUGGCCUUUGGUGACCUUCUUCUUCCUAUGUCGAUAUUCGAUGCUGGCGGCUCUGAUUGGAUUGGUCAUUUCUUUGCAAAUAUCUACUCCGAUCGAUUGCAAUGCAUUGUAUAUCUUCAACUCGGUAACGGGUAAUUUGGCCAUUCUGACAGCCUCCACCUCCCUGAUGAUUCGAACGAUCGCACUUUGGGAACGGCAGCUCAAAGUCGUGAUACCCCUUUGUAUCCUCUGCCUUGCGCACUGGGCCAUCCUUUGGCGAAGCAUGUUCCUCUUAGCAGCUGUUUACGAUCCCACGAAGCAUUCGUGCACUGUCUGGUCCACAAACCAUGUCUUCCUCAACGUGGAAUUCUUCAUGACGAUGAUAUUUGAUCUCAUCAUUCUUUGCUUCACUGUAGUCGCUCUCUAUGCGAAGCACAAGUCUCGGUCGGACCUUUGGCAUUUGUUGUUCCGAGAUGGGCUCGUGUACUUCUUCAUCACAUUCUUUUGCAAUGCACUUCCCGCGGUGUUCAACGUCUUGAAUUUGAAUACUAUCAUGAAUAUAAUUGCGACCAUACCUGCUGCCACAAUAGCGUCGAUUGCUGCUUGUCGCCUGGUCAUCAGACUACAGCAAUUCAAUCAACCCGAUUCUUACAUCCAAUCGACUUCGCCAGGAGGAAUGUCUGAAUAUCCUCGUUCGCCUUUGCGUUUCACGAAUUUGCCUAAUCGCCGUUACACAAUGCCUCGACGUCCAGAGGUUCUGGUCACCACGGACCACUAUGUCAUGGAGGAUUUCCAUAGUAGUCCCGCGUCGUUAACGCCUAGCCCUAUCACGCCUCUUGACAAGGUUCAUAACCCUCUGGACGUCGAAGACGAGAAGGAUUAUGAUGGUAUUUCUACUCGUUCCUCGAAGCAUGGCGUGCAGUCCCUUACGUGUGUAGUGUAAAUUUUGUUGGGGCGGGGGAGAAAAAACUUGAUAGCGGCUGCGUUCAAAAAUAAUAGAAACAAGAUCACUCA